AUGGAGGCAAAUCACUCACAGAUCACAGAGGUGCCCCAGCUCCUGUCCAACAGCUCGAGCUCAUGGCAACAAGAGGCGGUCAAAGGAGCCCAGAUCACUGCAACAGUCAUCAUUUUUUUGGUGGGUGUGUUUCUGAACGGGCUGGUGGUUUGGGUGCUUGGACUUCGGGGGAAGCGUCACCUGAGGCGCAGAGGCAGUACAGGGGAGACUCGAGCUGCCAGCAGUUUCCGCGUGUACGUGCUGAACCUGGCCCUGUCCGACCUGGUGCUGCUGCUGCGGACCCCCCUCAUGUUGGGAUACUUGGCCCAUGACAACAGCUGGCCCUUUGGCCGGGUGUCCUGUCUGUUAGUGGUGUUCCUAAGGGGGUUAGGCCUGUAUGCCUCGGCCUUCCUGCUCUGUGCAGUGGCUCUGGAGCGCGGCCUGUGUCUGCUCAGACCUGUGUGGGCACGCCUCAAACGCCCCUCCUGGGCGGUCCCUCUGGCCUGUGGCCUCAUGUGGGUGUUAGCCACUGUCCUGUCUGCCCCUUACUUCCACACUGCUGUGGUGGUGACUGUCAAAGGGAAACACCAGUGCUAUGAGAGCCACCAGUUCAACAUGGGCCUCUUUGUCACAGAGACCAUGGCAGGCUUCAUCUUUCCUCUGCUCAUGUUUUUGGGGAGUAAUCUAGCUGUGCUGCUGACCAUUCACCAGGCAAUGCCCCCCACUCCCACCUCCUCUUCUUCCAUGGGCCGCAAGAUGACGCGCAUGUACCAUGUAUUGUUCGUUACCAUGCUCCUCUUCCUCACCUGCUGGGUGCCAUACUUUGUGUGCCGCUUCCUGAGGGCACUGGCAGUGGGGCAUCCGGACAGAAUGGGGCUGUACAUUGGAGCGUCUCGUGGGGCGUAUGUGUCCUUGUACUUGGUGUACAUCAAGUGUGCCCUGAACCCGGUCCUUUACGUGUUUGCAGCUCGAGGCUUGAGCAAAGCGGUCCGAGCUUCACUUGUCUCCACCAUCGAGAGACUCUUCAAUGACGACUCAUCUGAAUCUUUACGUCGAAAGUCACUCAAGAACUCGCAAAUGUAA